CAACGGCCGUUGUGAGUCUGCGUGAACGCGGCAGUCAGAGCUCGGGCUGUCGUGGGGUGAAGGUGGCGCCCCGGCUGGCGGCGGCCUGAGCCUCUCGGUGAUGCCAAACUCCUCCACUUGUACAGCGUUCAGUUAAUAAAGUGAUUACUAGUUUUUAAAAAAAGUACUCUCGACGUGCAAGUUUCUGAGGCCUUGAGGCAAACUGUUGGAUGUACCAUGUUUACAGCAAACCCAAAAGGAAACCAGCGGCCAAGGCCAGGGCGCAGCAGCAGCUAAACAGCUUGGCCUAUUUGUAGACUUUUCAUGUGAAGACAUGAUUACUGAAGGAGAUGGUGACGAUGGUGAUCUGGAAGCAGAAUUAGCUGAAAUAACUGGAGUGAAGGCAGUCACUAAAUCAAAAUCCAAAGAAAAAAUGCCUUUGCCAAUGGACCAUAUAAAACAAAUGGCUGAAGAAUGCAUGAAGGAUGUGGAUGAAAAUGAUGACGAUGAUGAUGAUUUUGAAAAUGAUGAGGAACUCUUGGCAGAGUUAAAGGACGUGGUUGGGGAUGAGGAGGAAGAAUCUUCAAAUUCAUCUUUUCCCACAGAUACGCCAGUAUCAAUAAAGCAACAAAUUGUAUCUCAGCCUCAGUCAAGUACAGUUUCUAUGGAUGUUAGUGGAUUGCAAGGUACACUGGAAGAACGAAUUCAGAUGUAUAGGGUUGCAAUUAAUAAUGCAAAGCAAACUGGGGAAACCUCAAAAAUGAGAAGAUAUGAACGAGGAUUAAAGACUUUGCAGACAAUGCUGGCUUCUGCAAAGAAAGGUAAAAUGAUAGAGGAAGCAGAAAUUCCUCCCCCAGUGGCCACUGGUAAAAGCAGUGCUCCAGUACUCCAACCUGACAGCUUAAAUGCAGAAAGUUUGGAAGCUGAAAAUGUGGAAGGUAGAGUUGCUGAAAUGCUUGAAGAAACACCAAUAUCAGCAAAACCUGUUGAGACUGUGUUACCUGCGGAGUCUUCUGUGCCAGAAUCUCACAAUGUUCUUGAAAAGCCUGCAACUACCAUUCAGUCAGAGAUCAGUGAUGUGACCACUGCGGCAGUUAGUGAUGAUGGUACAGGGUCUGAUGAUUCAAAGACAAAAGCGUUGUUAAUUGGAAGACAGAAAGAAUAUAAAUUGGCUGCACUGAGAGCAAAGCAACAAGGAGACAUCACAACUGCUCUAGAAUAUGUGAAAAUCAGCAAAAAAUUUGCUAUUGCGAUAAAGGCUUUGCACGAUGGGGAGCCAGUGGAUCUAAGUAAUUUGCCAUCAUCUCUAACAGAUACCUCGACCCAAGACAAAUCACCAGGUCCAUCCAGUACGGUAACUCUUCCUGAUCAGCAAGAAGUAGGUCCUAAAACAGAACCCCAGGGCAACAUAGAAGCAGGCACACCGCCACCGCCCAGAGAUAUUCUGGAAGCUCUACAUCAAAGAAUGGAGAGGUACAAAACAGCAGCAACUCAGGCUAAAGCUAAUGGAAAUGAUCGUAAAGCAAGGAUGCAUGAGAGAAUAGCAAAGCAAUACCAAGAUGCCAUCAGAGCACACAAAGCUGGAAGAAAAGUGGAUUUUGGAGAUCUUCCAGUACCCCCAGGAUUUCCAGCCAUACCAGGAGUGGGAGGAACAUCUGGAGACAUUGGCAUUUCUGGAACACUUCAAGCUGCUUCCAGGCUAGCUGCAGCAGAAGUUGAGGUGGAGGAGGAUGACGACGAGAGUGGAACUCCUCAAUCUGCUGCUCAGCCUCCAGUUGCAAAGAGACCAACAAAACUCCCAGACCAUGUAGCGCAGACAACUCUGACUUUGCCAGCGGCAACGGAGGAAAGGCAAUCCCCGAAACCCAUUAAGAAGCCAUUGUCAAAGGAUCACCUGACUCAGCAAAGUACAAUCGAACAACAACAACUGGAAUUUCUUCAAAAUCGAAAGAAGCAGUACAUGAAAGCUGCUUUGCAGGCAAAACAGAAGGACAACCUGGAACAAGCAAAACAUUUCUUGAGAACUGCCAAAGGCUUUGAUCCACUGAUCCUGGCUGUCCAAAAUGGGAAACCAGUUGAUAUUUCCAAGGUUCCUUCCCCCCCGGAGGAUGAAGAAAGUGACAAUGACUUUAUAAUAGUUCAUCAUAAAGAUGCGCAGAUUUCACCAAAGAUCGACGAAGUAUAUACAUACCUUACAAACAUGCUGAAAGAACAGUAUGAGAAAUGUAUGACAUAUUCCAAGCAAUUUACACACCUUGGCAAUGUGGUUGAGACUACAAAAUUUGAAAAGAUGGCUGUUGAUUGUAAAAAAAAUCUUGAAAUACUUAAACUUGGGCAAGCUCAAGGCUUGGAUCCACCAAAAUACCACUUUGAGGAGAGGACAUUUAAAACUGUAAGGAUAUUUUCAGACAUCAGUAGUACUGAAAUGUUUCUCUUCAUUGUAAAAGGAAUAAAUCUCCCUGCUCCUUCAGGUGUGGCUGCACAUGACCUUGAUGCAUUUGUAAAGUUUGAAUUUCAGUAUCCUAGUACAGAGCAAGCCCAACGAAACAAAACGGCUGUGAUAAAGAAUACCAAUUGUCCAGAAUAUAAUGAGAGUUUUGUGCUCAAUAUUAACAGAAAUCAUCGUGGGUUUAAACGAGUAAUUCAAACCAAAGGAAUUAAGUUUGAAGUAUUUCAUAAGGGUGGAUUUUUCAGGAGUGACAAACCAGUUGGAACUGCACAGCUGAAACUGGACAAGCUAGAAACUGAAUGUGAGGUCAGAGAAAUCGUGGAGAUUUUUGAUGGCAGAAAGUCAACCGGUGGUCGGUUGGAACUGAAAGUUAAGAUCAGAGAACCACUCAAUGGUCAAGAUAUGCAAACUACAACAGAAAACUGGCUGAUUCUAGAUCCAACCACCCGGUGAGAACAUACAGGUCAAAUCAUGACAUCUAUGCACCUCUCGCCUGCUACGGAAAGGAACAGAAUAUACAAGUAUGAAUUGCUGCUAUUGGGAAUGCCAAUAUAUGCAUACAAAGCCAAAGAUGAUAUGAAAUACACAAUGCUGUAUUUCAUUACUAAUUUGAAAAUACAAAGCUACUAGUAAUGUAAUGAGUCAGCAAAGGAAUGUAGAAAAAUAUUAUGAAAAAUAAAUUAUUGAUAAACUUGCUGCAUUUUAAAAAGUUAUAACUUGUCUCCUUGUAUUUUAGUACCUAGAAUCACAAAGCACUUUAGAUUUUCAGACAAGAUGGUAAAUGAGUUAUAUUUCUCUUUCAGUUAGUCUGUUUUGAAAACUGUCUGGAAGCAGAAGUGAAAGGAAAAUGUGUUUAAAAUAUUAAUUUGACUUUUAUUCGGUUAUUGAGAGAGCCUUUGCGUACUCAAAUUUCCUCUAAGUGAGGAUGUCUGUUUCCAUUAUGUUAACAAUUUAUUUUUGUUCUGAUAAUCUUAAAAUCAGGUAUUAUAACAUAAUAUACUGAAAUUUACAUCAGUGUAGUUAUCAGCUGUUAAUCUAAUACAAAGCCAGGUUUAAUUACAUCUUGGUUCAUUUGCAUUUUAAAAUACAUAAACAAGACUAAUAAUUCUAGUUGUUAAAGCAUUCCUCUUGGCAGUCCCCUCAGAAUUAAGGAAGACUUGUUUUCACUUCAGUUCCAUGGACUCAUGGUGCAGGAGAUGAUUGACAUGGUAGAAAAUGCACUCGGAACAUAACAGCUGGGGUGUGAAGCUCCACAUGUGAAUCCUAGCACCUAAGCUUUGGUAUUGCUAAGCAAGGUAGAAAAGAGUGUAACAAGUUUUUAAUUCUCAGUCAGAGGAUGUGGUUGCACAGAAUUUACAUUUGUUGCUCAUCCCAGCACUUAGAAACUGAAUGGCUCUGUAGAUUCUAAUUAAAUUCCUAUCAAAUCUAUUUCAACAUAUGAGAAUUAGUUUAAGUACUAGAAGUAGCUAAGAGUAGUUUUAUGGAUUGUUGGUAUUUUCAAAUAAUCAAUACAAGGUUCUUAUUUUUACAUGUGAACUUAAAGCUGUUAUACUUAUAUACAUUGUAUUUUGGUUAAUGCAUCCUUUCAGUGCGCAAAAAUUUAAGAGGGUCAAUUUAAAUUAUUUUUGAGGUAUUAAUUAACAAAAGUGAAUUUGGUGUCUACAAGUACACUGAAACAUUGGCUCUUAGCCAAUAGGUAACUAGUUAGAACUUGAUUUAAACCACAAAAAAAUGUGAAUACUGCUUUGUGCAGACCUUUCAGAAAUUGCAUAAGUGAAGUGAUGAGAACUGACUAUUUAGCUUACCAUAUCAAAAGGGAAAUUGUAUGGUUAAUACCCAAAACCUUUCAUCAGAACUGGAAAAGUGAGAAAACAAGUGUUUUAAAUUGUAGUGGAGUGGAGAGAAUAAAAGGAAUGUCUAUAAUAGGAUGGAGACCAGAAAGAAUGUUAAGUUUCUUAAAGAUAGACACCACCAAGUCAUUCUAGAGCAGCUGAAGCAACAUAAAUUUGACAAGCAAAAGACCAGACACCUGCUGUGAAAAUUUACCUUUUAAUGGUGGGCAAGGAGGGGGAGAAGCAAAUGAAUCUUAUUUUUGAGAACUGUCACCAAUAAAGCAGAAAGAGGCCCUGUUUACAUUAGAUGGGGCAUCAGUUCUGAUGGAAGGUCAUGGACCUAGACUAUGAACUGUUUGUCUGCAUCGAUGAGCAUUCCAGCACUUAUGUCAAAUUUCCAAUUUGUGGCAUUGUCCAUGUGCAACACAACAUGCUCAAAGGACAGUGUUUAUUUCUUCCUCUUUACUGAUUUGAAUUGAAUUAAUGAAUAACAACUUUCUAAUUUUAAAAAAGGUACAAAAAACUUUAUAGUGCAAGCUUACCCUGUUCUCACUCAUACCUGUUGCAUACAAGUUUUCAGAAUACAGUUAACAAAAAGACAUACAGGAUUUAUGCAAGAAUACUUUAUUGCUGUUGUGUAUUUAAUGUGAUAAAUACUUAAUUGGUAUUCAGAGGUUUUAUUAGGAAACCAUUUAUUUGUAACCAGUUUCUAAAGUGCACAUUUGACUACUGCCAAUAGAAAAACUAAAAGGAAAUGAAACAGCAUUUCACCUAGAUGUACAAUGAUUCUGUACGUCUUAUAUGCAAGGUAAAACCACAUUUCCACUCAGUGAUAUACAGUUGAAGGAAAGAGGCUGAACUAAGCUAAUAACAUUUACUGAUUCUUAAAAAGCCAAUACUACAGUUGUUUUUAAAUAAAGGAAACAUUUAUUUACCUUAUAUUAACUAUUCUUGAAUCGCAAAUGUUUCUAAAUGCAAGAAAACAAAUAUACAGUGUAUUUGGCUUUUAAACAACCACAUUUUACAUUUACUUACAGGAGUUCAUUUGCCCGAGAUUCUGCUUAAUUCUGGCACCAAGGAUACUUUCCUCUAUUUGGAGACUGCCCAUAAUAGCCCAAUUGAAGCAGAUUCUUUUCAUGAAGGCUUUAAAAAACUAAUCCCUGUAUAUAUGAACAGUAUUACCUGAGGUGCCCAUGCACCAGCAAAUACAAUUAAUACAGCUGAUACGAAAUGCAGUAUGGCUGAGAAAGUCAUUAAAAGUUUUUUAGAAUAAUUUGUUUAUACACUACCUUUAUUUCAUGGCUAGAGAUUACCACAAUGUCCCAUUAUGUGGUUUACAAGGCAUAGGUUAAGUGCUUCAAAACUUCAGACAUACAUUAUAUACAACCUAAAUAUAUUAACUGCUGAUUGUGUCAGGGAAGUAGUGAUACUGAGGUCAAAGUAUUUCUAUAUUCUCAUGUGACAGUGUCAUUAUAACCAUGUGUACUUAUUUUAUUUCAAAUUGAAAACUAGCCUCAGAAUCCUGAAGAAUGAUGCUGUCAAUUCAGACAAUGUAAACUAGUAGAAAUCAAAAUUCAUUCAUGCUUCAGAACAGCUUCAGUCGACCAAAAGAAUAAGU